AUGCUCUUCCGAUGCAUAGCUGUGUACUGCCUUACCCGCGCAUUCGCAGAUGAGAGUUGCAGCUCUCCUGAAGCGGACAUUGAUACCUGCAUCCCAGAGGAAGAGACUCUCUUGCUCCAAGUUGGAGUAAAAUUGAACCCGGCCUGGAACUCUUCUUUUGACGUGGCUGUGAAUGGCAACCUGACCUUCUCACAGCUCAGCCUGCAUCGAAGUGUGCUGACAAGCGGAGCAUCCUUUGGCCCCAAGACCAGUGCCGCCCUCUUCCUUCUGCUUAGCACCACCUUUGGCUUUCUCUGCCUUUGCGGCAAUGCCAAGCCCUUCAUCACUGCCCCGUACUCUGGCUUUCCAGAUGACGAGGACGAAAGCGAAACGGUGCGGCAGCAGUCCCUUGUCGCGUGCUAUUUUGUCGUCUUCAUGGACGCUUUCGGCUUUGGGGUGUACGCGCCUUUCGUCCCGGUUUUGGCCAAGACGUUCUCUCUGCAAGCCCACGAUAUCGCUACAGUUCUCGCAACCUUUUCCUUGGCCCAAGCGCUGAACACUCCAGUCUUGGGCUACCUCUCAGACCGCUUUGGCCGGCGCCCGGUACUCCUGGCAGCGCUGGCCGCCGAGUCGCUUUCGUACAUCAUCCUCAGCGUGGCCGAAAGCUUCACCAUUUUGCUGAUUGGCUACAUCUUUGCUGGGGCGUUCUGUGCGACCAUAGGUGUGUGCAACGCAUAUAUCGCCUCAGUCUCCACAGAGGAGGACCGGCCCAUUCGAUUGGCCUAUAGCUCGGGGAGCAUCGCGCUGGGGUUGAUGCUGGGCCCGGUGCUGGGGGCGGCGCUGAGCCACCAGGGCUUCGCCGCUGCGGUACGGAUCUGCGCCUUCCUCAGUAUGCUGAACUGGACUUUUGUCUUCAGCUUCAUGGCAGAGUCUCCGCACUUCUUGCUCAGACGGCAGCCCAAGUUCGACAUGGGUUUUCGUUUCGACUCCUUGCCUCGCCUGGCCUGGCCGCUCUUCCUCGGGGCCUUCUUGGGCAACGCCGGCAUCGCUGCGGCGGAGUCCUGCGGGGCGCUGUACGUUAUGGACUCCUACUUCAGGGGCACUCGAAUGACAGCGGUGGAGAGCACCCGCUUCUGGGCGUGGAACAUGUUCAUCUCUGGAGCCGUGGUGAUUAUCAUCACCUACUGGGUCUUCCCAUCCUUGAUGCACAGACUGAAGCAGCAAAGCACCAUGCUGCUAGGCAGGGCGUGUAGUGGUCACUGA